UCCAGGACGUCAAAUCUUCCCUAACGACUGGGAAAAAUGAACCCAGGCUUUUUACUAAAAGGAUGAGCAAGAAAAUGAGUGAUAUUAAUCUGAUCAAACAAAAUAAUACAUCUAGAUUGUUGACACCUGUGAUGAGAACUAUUUCUGAAGACACCCUAAGGCUCUCGAAGGUCAAAACUGAAGAGCAUGCUUCACAUUUUGAUAUAGCCCCUCCACCAACCCAAACCAGAGACACUUUUAGUCCAAAAUAAUCAAGGGUUGUAUUCUUUAAUGGGAAAUUCAAGAAAUAUUAGCUCUGUGAAACCAAAGACCUCAAUUCUACAGAGAAGGACAAAGAAUAAGACACUUCAAAAGAUGAUCCAGAGACUCAGAAAGAAUGACUGUAGAAGCUUAUCUCCAGUUUUAUCAGCGAGGGACUCUAUAAGAACAAGAAAUAUACCUGAGAAAAGUGAUAUCUCAUCUAAAACACAGACUGCAAAUAAUCGAAUAACCCAGCAGUUAAAAUAAACUAUCAAAUCUGAACCUUGCUAAAAAAGCUGAAGAUACAAGUGCUAAUAAGGUCAUUCUCGAAGCUAAAGAAGAAAUUCUAUACUUGAUCACUAAAGUGCACAAAGUAGUUAUGAAUAACCAUGAUAACCCUGUAUUCGACUCUGAGGGUAAAAAGCUGCCAGGUGUUCAGCCUGGAAUGGUGAAUAUCAUAAAUAUCGGCCCUCUCCAGGUUCAGUAUUUUAGGAUAGACACCCUACAUCAAGAAGCACCUCUGACUGUGAAGAUUGUUGAAGAUGAGAAAUCCAAAAGAAGAAUGCAAAAUGAUAACUUCAUAAAAAUCUAUCUUUCAUACUCAAAGGAGUACCCUGAUUCUAAAAAUAAUGAUGGUGUUUUCCAAACAGGAAAGAUAUUAAUAACAACUCCAAGCGGAGAUGGAAGGUUCAGCUUUGAAUGUUGCUCUUUUGCUAUCCUUUCGAGUAUUGACUGCCAAUUGAAGAUAGCUUAUUAUUUCAAAAACUCUAGCCCUAUUGCGAUUAUGAAUAACUCAGGCCCAAAAACAGAUUAUGUGCUUAACAGUGGAGAUAUUGAUGUCCUCUCCCGUAUGAACACACAAAUAGUUCACACUGAUCGGAUAGAGACUGAAAAAUUUCAGUAUGCUAACAAAACAAAGAAGAUCCAGUUGAAAAUUGAGCAAAUUGUUAGCAACAAAGAGUAUUAUAAGCGUUUUAUAAAAGAAACUCAGGAUAUCCUUUCUAACAGAUUUAAAAGGUUCCUUAAGGCUAAAAGAACUAAUAAUUCUCGUGCCACUAAAAUGAGAGAAUAUCUCAACACGAUCCCUGAGGGAGUUGGCAUCAAUGAAUUUAGACAGCAGUCUUGCAGAUCUCGCCGUGAAGUAAUUAAAAAUUUUGAUCGAAAGAAAAAUAUCUUCUAUCUUGACCGAUGGGAGUACCUCAAUAAGUUGAAGAAAGAAAGAGUUGAAGAUGCAAGAAUAAAAAUGCAGAAGCAUGAUUUGAUUAAGCAGUAUUUAACUCUAUAUUCCAUCUACAAUUUUAUCAACACUGUUAAAGAUAAGAUGGUACGGAAAAAAGCCCAAAAAAUUUAGCAUUGUAAUUGGCGAAAUGGCUAGCAUGAAGAUGCAGUUUAACUUUAAAAGUUUCUGCAUGAAGAAGGGCGUGUCAAUCCACAAGCGAAUGCAGGUUUUGGUUAGACAUUCCAUCUGAUCAGCAAUUUUACUAAAACGCAGUGGGACAGAGUACAAAGCUAGGAAGAUAUUGCACCAAUUUUUAGUAGCUCGAAAGGUCAGGUCUAUGUUUAGAUAUCGUUGCAUAAGCUAUGCAGAAAAGAAGAAACUUCUUCCUCUAAAACUCAUGGAAAUCAUCAAAGUAAGCAGAAUCAGAAGGAAGAAGCUUCAGCAUAUGUGGGAAGAUCAGAGAUCUAAAAUAAUCUAUGCUUACAGGAAUCUUAAGAAGAAAAACAAAAGGAUCAGAGAGACACUCAAAAGGCUAAAGCAUCUCAAUCCCCAUCUGAGGAACAAAUGCCUCCAGAUGUAUUUGAGAACUUGAGGAGUUGAGCAUAGCAUUGCCUUUUUCAAAUGGAGAGAUAUAGAUUCUCCAGAUGCAGACUACUGUGUGAAAGAAAGCUCUAAAUAAAUUGGUCAAAUGUAUCAAGGCUGAACAGAAAUAUUUCAGCUUUGAAGAUCAGAGGAAAAUGAAUGACUCCAUUAUGGUUAUUGAAAUCACUGAAGAAAAUACAGAUGCACAAAAUAAUGAUAUCAUGAAUGAAAUUAACGAAAAUACUCCUGGGAUGGGAGAUACUACCUCUUUCAACGAGAAAAAGGAGCCUGAUAAGUCUCUAAAACUACGAUCUAUUUUUGAACAAAUGGACAUGGAUUAUAUAGUUGAUGAAGAAGAGUAUGAGAUAGAUGAUUUGAAUAUUGUAGGCAUAACUUUUCCUAAAAGUACUAAUUCUAAGCCUACAAAGAAGAAACGCAAACUUAACUUCAAACAAGCUGUUAAAUUUGUAAUAAAAAGGACGAAUUAUAGAAAAUAAAAGCUGUCAGAGAUUACAAAAGAUAGAAAACGAUAACCCAAGACAUAAAUCGUUCUUUACCACAAUAAAUAGAAAAUUAAUGAGAGUUGAAGGUUCAGAAGAUAUGGAUCCACCUGAAUUCCUAUACAUACCCUCAAGGACUCUCAUGAGGUACAUGAUAUUGAGAGCAUGUUAUAUUCAAGAUCCUGAUCAGUUCAUGAAAGAUACCACAUUGUUAACUUUGGAAGAAUUUUAAUUUCAACACUUAUA